CCCUAUCUCAUUCUCUUAAAUCCAAUUAAACUAUAAACCACUUUAGUUUCUCCAAUUCCCUCUGUCCCUUAAUUCAGAACCAAAUCAAAUCCUUCUAGUUUCUUCCAUGGAACCAACGUGCAUCGACACUUCCCUCAACCUUAACGUUAUUCCCUCUCCCUCGCCCCACAUCGACCAUGUGGCACAAGUUUUGGUCGAAGAGUUGCAGCGUCUAAACAGUGAGAAUAAGAGGCUAACUGAGACGCUCAACCACGUCUGCGAGAACUAUGUUGCUUUGCAGAAACAUUUGAGUGAGUUCAGUCAACUGAGGAACACAGAUGUUGAUAAAGAAGCCACGCCAUCGCUGAAGAGAAAGGUCGAGAGUGACAAUAAUUGUGUGAAUCUGUUUGGUAUUAACGCUUACACGGAGUGCAGCACUACUACUGAGGAAGAGUCAUUCAAAAGGGCCAAGCAUAAUAGCACUUCACCAAAGGUUUACAAAGUUUCAGUGCGGACAGAUGCAUCUGAUACUAGCUUAUAUGUGAGGGAUGGAUAUCAGUGGAGAAAAUAUGGUCAAAAAGUCACCAGAGAUAACCCCUCUCCUAGGGCUUACUUCAAGUGUUCCUAUGCCCCAGGCUGCCCAGUGAAGAAGAAGGUGCAAAGAAGUGUUGAGGACCCUAGUGUGUUGGUAACAACUUAUGAAGGAGAGCACAACCAUGGGCAACCUCAAAUGGAAAUAUCAAUGAAUUCAAGCCAAAGUGAUAGCCCUAGUAGUGCAGGUUCAGUUGCCAUGAAUCGGAGUGCAGCAGGUCCAAUUGUAACGCUUGACUUGGUCCAGUCAAAGUUGGUUGACAUAAAUGCACAAAAGUCAUCUAUCCAGCAGUUUUUAGUUCAGCAAAUGGCUACUUCUUUGACGAGAGAUCCUAAUUUCACAGCCGCACUUGCUACUGCCAUCUCAGGAAGAUUUCUAGAGGAUACUACGGUGGGAAAACGUUGAAUGAGUUGAUAGAGAUAUGUAUUUCACUGAACAUAUAUGAAUUUUGUUAUUUUGCUUGCUUAUUAUUAAGUUAGUAAACAUCUAGAGAUCAGUAUAUUAUUCUACGCAGCAUCUCUAUUGAAUAUAUACUCUAAUUAUUGUUCUGAUC